GUGGAAUAUGACACAGAUGAGGAUUCAAUGGAUUCAGAGGACAGCUUAGAAUAUGUUGGAAAUGACGCGCGACUGGUCGACACGUAUAUUUGGUCACACAGGGAGUGGAGUGAUAUUACGGAAUUUGCGGAGUAUCUAAUUAUUUUUGAGAAAUUAGGCCAGAUUGAGUGGAAUGAAUUAUUUUGCACCGGGAAGGGGAGUUUGGGGAGGGGAAAAGGGCUCAUUUUUCGGCAUAUCAUUAUGGAGAGGCCGAUACCGGCCUCGAAAGGACGAGCUGAUCUACAGCCGUCGAUUCAGUGGUUAUUACUGGAAUCAUUUGGCUUACUUCUCUGA